AACUCAUCCAUCAAAUUUCUUUUGAGCGGAGAGAAAUUUGAGAGAGGAGAAAAUGGGUUUUGCGGCGGAGAGAGUGGCGGCGCUGUUUGUUGUCAUGACGAUGGGACCAGAGCUAGCAGCUGCGACGGUUUAUAAGGUCGGAGACGCCGCUGGAUGGACCAUAAUCGGCGGUGUUGACUACAAGCAGUGGGCUGCUACCAAGACUUUCCAGGUCGGCGACGUUGUCGUAUUUGAGUACAACCCCCAAUUUCACAACGUGAUGAGAGUGACGCAUGCUAUGUACAAAUCCUGCAAUGUCUCGGCGCCUCUGGAGACCCACACGUCCGGCAACGACACCAUCGCUAUUACAACCAGAGGCCAUCAUUUUUUCGUCUGCGGCGUUCCCGGCCACUGCCAGGCCGGCCAGAAGGUUGACAUUAAUGUGCUGCGCCAUGCUUCCGCCGCUGUAGCUCCGUCGCCCUCUGUUCCGCUUGUAAUACCUUCCCCUGCACCGGCACCUAGCGGUGCUGCCAGUCGCCUCAGCGGUGGCCUUGCGCUCUUGGCUUUGCUGUUCUCUGUUGUAGCUUAAGAUUGAGAGCCUUUUUGCGACGAUGCUGUGUUGUUUUUGUAGCCAAUGGAGUGUUCUUUUUGUU